AUGAACAAGUUGCUGUGCUGCGCGCUCGUGUUCCUGGACAUCUCCAUUAAAUGGAGCACCCAAGAAAUAUUUCCCCCAAAGUACCUUCACUAUGACCCAGAAACCUCUCGCCAGCUGAUGUGUGACAAAUGUCCCCCUGGCACCUACUUAAAACAGCACUGUACAGCAAGGCGGAAGACCGUGUGUGCCCCUUGUCCUGACAACUACUACACAAACACCUGGCACGCCAGUGACGAGUGUCUGUACUGCAACGCAGCGUGCAAAGAGCUGCAGUAUGUCAAGCAGGAGUGCAACCGCACCCACAACCGCGUGUGCGAAUGCGAAGAAGGGCGCUACCUCGAGGUGGAGUUCUGCUUGAAGCACAGGAGCUGCCCCCCUGGCUUCGGAGUUCUGCAAGUUGGAACCCCAGAGCGAAAUACGGUUUGCAAAAGAUGUCCAGAUGGGUUCUUCUCCAAUGAGACGUCCGCUAAAGCACCCUGCAGAAAACACACCAACUGCAGUGCAUUCGGUCUCCUUCUGACUCAGAAAGGAAAUGCAACACAUGACAAUAUAUGUUCUGGAAACAGUGACUUGACGCACAGAUGUGGAAUAGAUGUUACCCUCUGUGAGGAGGCAUUCUUCAGGUUUGCUGUUCCUACCAAGUUCACCCCUAACUGGCUCAGUGUCCUGGUGGACAAUUUGCCUGGCACCAAAGUAAAUGCAGAGAGUGUGGAGAGGAUAAAAAGACGGCACAGCUCACAAGAACAGACCUUCCAGCUGCUGAAGUUAUGGAAACAUCAAAACAAAGACCAGGAUAUGGUCAAGAAGAUCAUCCAAGAUAUCGACCUCUGUGAAAACAGCGUGCAGCGGCACCUCGGGCACAUGAACCUCACCUUCGAGCAGCUCUGCAGCUUGAUGGAAAGCUUGCCAGGGAAGAAAGUCACCACCGAAGACAUUGAGAAAACGACGAAGGCCUGCUCAUCGGGUGAGCAGAUCCUGAAGCUGCUCAGCCUGUGGAGGGUCAAGAACGGCGACCAGGACACUCUGAAGGGCCUCAUGCACGCACUGAAGCACUUGAAAAUGUACCACUUCCCCAAAACAGUCUCCCAGAGCCUGAAAAAGACCAUCAGGUUCCUUCACAGCUUCACCAUGUACAGACUGUAUCAGAAGCUAUUUCUAGAAAUGAUAGGGAACCAGGUCCAAUCAGUGAAAAUAAGCUGCUUAUAAAGGGAAAUGGUCAUUGGGCUGUUUCCUCACCGUGGACCAGAUCCGAUGGAUGAGUAAACUUUCUCAGGUUUCUCAGGCACUUGAGGGGGUACAGUGAUUUCUUUCUCAUCGCUGAGGACUAGAUUUGGGCCCAGGGCAAACACAAAAAACUUUGGUAUGAAGAAAGAACGAACUUCUCCCCCCAAAAUUCAAUAAACCCCAAAUAGUUUAUCCAACUGACAGAUCUGGUCCAGUAUCUACUGACUAUGUUUUCCUUUAUUACUGCUUGAAGUAAUUCAACUGGAAAUAAGAAACUAGACUCCAUUGUGCCUUACUAAAUAUGGGAAUGUCUAACUUAAAUAGCUUUGAGAUUUCAGCUGUCUAGAGGCUUUUAUCAGAAAGCCAUUUUUUUUUUCUGUAAAAGUACUAAUAUAUCUG